AUGGGGCGCAUCCUGGCGGUGGACCGGCUGUGCCUGGGGGUGCAGCCCGGCGAGUGUUUCGGGCUGCUGGGGGUGAACGGCGCCGGGAAGACCACCACCUUCAAGAUGCUGACCGGCGACGAGACCACCACGGGGGGCGAGGCCUUCAUCGGGGGGCGCAGUAUCCUGAGGGACCUGCUGAGGGUCCAGCAGAGUCUCGGCUACUGCCCCCAGUUCGACGCCCUGUUCGAGGACCUGACAGCCCGGGAGCACCUGGAGCUGUACACCCGCCUGCGGGGGAUCCCCUGGAAGGACGAGGAGAGGGUGGUACAGUGGGCCCUGGAGAAACUGGAGCUGGCGAAGUACGCGGACAAGCCGGCCGGCACCUACAGCGGGGGCAACAAACGCAAGCUGUCCACCGCCAUCGCGCUCAUCGGAUACCCCUCCCUCAUCUUCCUGGAUGAGCCCACUACUGGCAUGGACCCCAAGGCCCGCCGGUUCCUGUGGAACCUCAUUCUUGACAUCAUCAAAACGGGACGCUCUGUGGUGCUGACGUCACACAGGUGAGACGCCUUGAUUCCC